AUGACUAGCAGUACUCAAUGGGAGCUCCCGUCAAUCCCCCAAGCUGCAUCUGAAUUUAGCGAUGAAGAAGAACCAGCUUCAUCCGGAUUCUCAGAAGAUUCGACAUUUCAGGGGUCUACUCCACCAUCAACUCGUAAAUCCGAGUCUCGCCGUGCCUCAGCGCAGACUGCUCGUCCUGCCGACCAGGAGCUCAGCGCGGACGAGCUGAUGGUGCUCUGGGGCAAGGUUGGAGUGCAGAUGGUGGAGUCUGCGACAGGGCUGUUUGAGAAAUCCAAACGCUCACUUGUUGGGGACGGUUCGUAUGCGGGUUUUGUCCGAGCUGUCUUUGCACAAGUUCCCAAUGCACAACACGUCUCAGGGGAGGGUGAAGAUUGGGGGUACUUGACAUAUGUGCAGACGGCUGCGUCGGUGCAGCGCCGCGUCUCUGAGAUUCUCCCGGGUGACGUGAUUGCCUUUUGGGACGCGAAGCUCAAGGGAUACAAGGGGCUUCACGCAUACACUCAGACUGUUGGCAUAGGGGAGAACGGGCCUCUUGUCGGCGUGGUAAGCGAGGUGGAGGGCAAAAAGAGCAAAGUUCGUGUGUGGCAGGCGAACCAGCAUGUCGGUCAGCAGACUGUGGAGAAUGUGAGUUAUAGGUUGGAGGAUUUGAAAAGUGGGCAUGUCAAGGUGUUCCGUGCUAUGGAAGCAUGA